UACAUAAAAUUAUAGUGGGAGUCAUUCGAGUGGCUUGUGACCACUCUGAGUCAGUUGCUCUUAUGCUUGCCAUCAACCAACAACAACCCACUGUUUAGUUGAAUAAAUUUUAAACAUAUAUAUAUUUAUAUUAACACAUAUAUUCUUAACAUGAUCCUCAACUCGACCCAUUGACAUAUCGAUUUUAUAGUUGUGCCAAUUUAAUUUCAACAAUUGUCAUUUAUUCAAUUGACAUUAUUUAUAAUAACAACACAAAUUUUUUUAUAUUUUAUAAAAUGUAUACUAUAAAUUAUUGUGAACUUUUUUAAAAAUUGUGUUUAUUAAAUAUAAAUAUUAAUUAAUUGAUAUUAAUUUUUUUUUUCAAUUAAAAAAUUGUGAUUAAGUGUCAAAAAAAAAAUCAAUAAUAAAGUCAUGUUUAAAUUAUUUUUUAAAAAAACAGUGUGAUGAGUUUUAAAGUUUGAAUUUAAAUUUAUAAAAAAUAAAAAAACGAGAGUGAUUUUUUUAUAUAAAAUCUCUUUCGUUUGAAUAUAUGUUUAUUUAUUAUGAUUGGAAAAAUAUUAUGGAUGAUAUUUUUAGUGCUUAUUUUUGUGUCAUAUAUAUUUGCAUUAUUACCUGAUGAUACUGAUGAGCAUCAAGUUAUCAUUGCUGGUACAUUUCAAGAAGAUUGUGCAGCAAGAUGUUCACAGAAUCAUACGGAUAUUUUGAGUCAAGAAAAUAUAUGUGGAAUACAAAUUGGAGUACAUUGUAAAAUUGAUCAGUGCACCAAACACUGUGCAUCAUGGGAACAAGCACUCGAAACAGACUGCCCAUCAGUUUGUAAUGGUACACAAAAAAUUCCGACAGGCGAAGAAAUUAAUUGUGUUAUGUACUGUAAUGCAGCACUUGAUUAUUAUUUCGAACAAUUAAAAGCGGAAAUUGGAAUUUUACCAGCACCAGCACUUGUUGCUGAUUCUUUAACAGCAACAUCACUGAGACUUGAAUGGAAAGGUAUUGAUAUAAAACAUCGUCCAAUUGGUGUACAAUAUUUGGUGCAAUGGCAGUAUGAAGAGCAUGCUGAUGAUUGGCAAUAUUGUAGAAAUCAAUCAUGGGAUGAAAAUGAUCAAAUGAUAUUUGUUGAUAAUCUUCAGCCUUAUAAAAAAUACAGGUUUCGUGUAACAUUACUUUUAAAAUCAUCACAACAUAAUCCAAAACCAAUUGUGUCUGAUCCAAGUGUUGUUAUUCAAACAUUGGCUGCGGGUAGGCCAACUUCGGCCCCGGUAAUUGUUAGAGCUGUUGCUGUUGAUAGUUAUCGUGUGUCUGUCUCAUGGGAACCUGGUCCAUUUCCAAAUGGACCAUUAUUGUCUUAUGUCUUGCAGUUACAAGGAGCUAAUGACUCUUUACUUAACAAGGAUAUUCCAGCAGCAGAAAAUAUACAUCAUUAUUUGUUUCAAAAUUUAAAAUCAAAUCAAACAUAUACUGGUAGUGUACGUGAGAGAAAUGCAGUUGGUGAUGGUCCACCAGCAAUUUUUAAAAUAACAACAUCACCUCUACCAGAAGUAACUGAUACACAACAGCCAAUAUUAAUUGUAAGUGGUAAAUAUGUAAUAAAAAAACAAGGUGCUGAUAUGUUGGAUGAACCAACAAUAAUAUAUAAUUCAAAAAGUAAAAUACGCGGUGUUGCAAUUGACAUAUCAUCAGAUAAAUUAUUUGUAUCAAAUUCAAAUGGUUCAAUAAUAACAACAUCAAUUAUAAAAACAAGUAAAGAAACAACAAUAUUACGUUCAAAAGAUGCAAAUUUUAAACCAUUAAGUUUAUCUGUUGAUUGGUUAAAUUUACAUCUUUAUAUAUUAGGUGAAGUUAAUCAUUCAACAAGAGUAUGGCAAAUAUCACGUUGUAAUUUUGAUGGUAAAUAUUUAACAGCAAUUAAAACUGGUUUUUUAACAAAACCAUCACACAUUGAAGUUGAUCCAUUUAAUGGUUAUUUAUUUUGGAUAACUAAAAAUGGUUUAUAUAGACUUGAUUUAGCUGAUAUAAAUAAACAUGAAAUACAACCAUAUUUAAUACUUGAAGAUAGUAAUCUUGGUGGUUUUACUGUUGAUCAUAGAAAUUUUCGUUUACUUGUUAGUCAUCAAACACAAAAUACAGUUGUAUCAGUAUCACUUGAUGGUAAAGAAUGUAUUGAUAUACGUAAUAAUACACAACAAUCACAAUUAAAAAAUGUUGUAUCACUUGGUACAGCAAAUGGUUUAUUUUAUUGGACAAAUGGUACAAAAGUAUUUAGUGAAGGUUAUUUUCCACAAGCAAAUAAAUAUUUUCAUAAUAUAUUUUCAAGUAGUUCAAAUGAUACAUUUAUAACAAUACAUGUAUUAAUAAAUACAAGUCAACCAAUACCAGUACCAGUUAAUCCACCAACUGGUUUACAAGCAAUAUUAGGUUCAAAAAUUGCUAAAAUAUCAUGGAAAGUACCACAUUUACUUGGUGGUCAGGGUAAAGGUGCAUGGCAAAAUUGGACAUAUGAACUUGAAUUAAAAAAUAAUUUAAAUAAUAAUAUAAUACGUCAAGAUGGUAUUGCUGGUACAUCAUAUACAAUAUCAAAUUUAAAUGAAACAACACAAUAUACAAUUAAAAUAGCAGCAUAUACUGAUGCUGGACAUGGUCCAUGGUCAAGUGAAUUUAACAGUAAAACAUUACAUGAUAAUUCAUAUGCAUCAAUAUUAUGGUCAGCAAAUGAGGGCCUAUUAAAAAGUGAUGUUACUGGUGAAAAUAUUGAUACUUUAAUACAAAAAGAUACAUUAAAUAAUAAUAAUAUUAAUAAAAAUUAUAUUGUUGAUGUUAGUUGGUAUAAAGAUACAUUAUAUAUUGUUGAUAAUAAUACAUAUUUAUAUAAAUAUAAUAUAAGUAAUAAUAAUAUUGUUAAAUUUAAUAAUAUUAAUUCAGUUGGUAGUGUUGCUAUUGAUUGGAUUGGUAAAAAAAUAUAUUGGGCAAGUCCAAAACAACAUAUUAUAACAAGAUCAAAUUUAAAUGGUACACAACAAGAACUUGUAUCUGUUAUUGCAAUUGUUAAAGAAUUAAUUAUUGAUUCAAAACAAGCAUAUUUAUAUUGGUCAACAAGUCAUACUGUUGAAGUUGCUAGAUUAAAUGGUCUUGAUCCAAGAUUAUAUUAUUCAGAAAAUGUAUUUAAUGGUAUACAAGUUAUGGGUUUAACACUUGAUACAGAAAAUCAUUAUGUUUAUUGGAUUGUACGUAGUUAUGAAGCUGGUUCAAUUGUUUAUCGUGCACCAACAUCUGAACGUAUAUCUAUAAAACAUAAAAUAAUACCAGAAAAAGUAUCAUCAUUACAACAUCCAAAUAUGCAAGGACCAUUAUGUUAUUUUUCUGAACAUUUAUUAUGGUUACAAGAUGAUAAAAAUGCUGUUAUUGGUGAUUUAACUGGACAAAAUACUGCUGUUAUAAAUGGCAUUAGUUUAAUUGGUUUACAUAUGAUAACAAUUAUGGAUCCACAACUUCAUCAAUAUCCAAAUAAUUUAACAUCAGAUAAUAUCAUUGUUAUUCCUGAUUCAAUUGAUGCUGAUACAAUAAAAGUUAUUGGUACAUGGAAUAAUUUUAAUAUAACAUGGAAACCAAUUGAUAAUAUAAAUUAUGGUACAGUAUUUUAUGAAAUUAAAUUUACUGAUUAUAUUAAUUCACAAAUUAAUUCACAAAUAACAAAUGAGACAACAAUUAUAUAUAAUAAUUGUAAUAAUAUAUUACCAUAUACAUUACUUGAUAUAACAAUUAAAUCAUUUACAUAUUGGGGUUCAUCAUUAGCUACAAAAAAAACACUAAGAUCACCACAGGAUAUACCAAGUCAACCAACAAAUAUACGUUCAUUUAUUGAAUAUAAAAAAUCACCAAUUAAUCAUUUUGAUACUGAUAUAUUUAUAACAUUAAGAUGGAGUCUUCCAAAAUUUACAAAUGGCUUAAUCAAUGGUUAUUUAUUAAAAUUUUGGUAUGCACAAAAUCAAAUUGACAUAUACCUAUGUGAUCAUGUCAAUGUUACCAAUGCAACAAUGGAAUAUGAAGUACAUAAUUUAAUUCCAAAUACAACGUAUUCAUUUGAAAUUCAAGCAUACACUGAUAUUGGACAUGGACCAUUUUCUGAUACAAUAAAUAUAUCAACAGAUUAUGAAAAUCCUGUACCACAAUUAAUUGUAACAACAACUGAUUCAAUUAAGCUAUAUGAUUAUGAUUUAAAUAUAAGCAAAACAAUAACUAAAAAUAUACCAAUUGAUAUUAAAUCAUUAAAUUAUGAUAGUAAAUUAUUUUGGAUUAAUGAUAAACAUGAAAUUAUAACAUCUAGCUAUCAUGGUGGUAAUUUAAUGAAAAUAUUAACAUUAAAUAAUACAGCAACAAGUUUAUGCAUUGAUUGGGUAUCAAGAAAUUUAUAUUGGUCGGAAAAAAAUAUUGAUAAAACAAAUAAAAUAACAUGGAAUAUAUGGAAACUUGAUAUUGAUGCUUGGGAAGAUGGUAAUUUAAUUGUAGCAAAUAUAGUAACAAGAAAUUUCGAAAUAGUUAAUAUCGAAAUAUCACCAUUAACUGAUAAUUUAUACUGGAUUGAAUUAGCACCAAAUGAUAAUCAUGGUAUCAUCAUGCAAUCAAAUUUAAAUGGUAAUAAUAUUAAAACAUUUUUAAAUAAUGCUGAUGAUUGUACAUGUCCAAAUUCUCCAUUAGUAAUACCAAUAAUGACAAUUGAUAAUAGUGAAUUAAAAAAUCCUUUGAUGUAUUGGAUAUCAAUUGAUGGUGAUUUAAAUAUUGCAACAAUUGAUGGUUGUGCAUGUAGUACAGUUAUAACAUCGAGUUUUAAUCAAGGUUUACCACCGUCAUCUUUAACUGUUGAUAAAACAAAUAUUUAUUGGUCAAGUUUAGCUAAAAAUGAAACGUAUUAUGUUAAUAAAAUGUAUCCAGAUGAAGAAAAUAUCAAGGUAAUUGAUUUAUCAGAUAUUCAUAUUAUCAGAUCAAUUGGUAAAUCAUUACAACCAUAUCCAAGUUUUGAUUGUCUUGUACCAUAUCAAAUGUCAUAUAAAAUUGAAGAAAUAAUUAAUAUCAAUAGUAAUAGUAUAACAGUAAAAUUACCAGAUCCAAAAAUUAAUUUAGCUUGUGAAAAAUAUAAUUUAGCUGGUAUAUAUUAUACAAUUUACAUAACAAAAUGUUUAGAUUAUCAAGAUAUUAAUUGUAGUGAUAUUGAUAAAAAUAUAAUACAUACAUAUAAUAAAGAAAUUAAAAUAAAUAAUCUUUCACCAUUUACAAUUUAUGAUAUUAAAUUAUUGUUAAAUAAUUAUUAUACAAAAUUAGAAGGUUUACCAUUAUUAAAUAAUAAUGAUAAUUCAAUUAAAUUAAUAACAGCACCUGGUGUACCAACAGUACCACAAAAUAUAACUGUUGAAGCAUUAAAUCCAACAUUAGCUGCUGUACAUUGGUUACCACCAAAAAUUUUAAAUUCACCAUCAGUUAGAUAUGAAAUACAUUGGCGUUCAUCAAGACUUGUUAAUGGUGCACGUCAAACUGGUGAGUUAUUAGUUAAAAAUAUUGAUGAUAAUCAUGGUAAUGAAAAAAAAUAUACAGCAUUUAUUGAACCUCUAUUACCUGGACAAAAUUAUUCAGUAUAUGUUAAAGCAUUUUCAAUAAAUUCAACUGAUGCAUACAGUGAAAGUGAGACAAAAAUUUUAUCAAUGUAUCCACAGCCAAAUAAUUUGAUACUUGAUACAAUUACAAUAAGCUCAAUCAAUCUAUCAUGGUUACCAACACCAAAUAUAACAAUUAAAUAUACACUACAAUAUACAACAAUAAUUGGUACUGAAAAUUGGCAAACAGCUGAACCAAUUAAAAAUCAUGAUGAUGAUGAUGAUGGUAAAAUAAAAUAUAACAUUAAUAAUUUAUUAUCAUCAACAAUAUAUAAAUUUAGAUUAAUAUUAAAAUAUCCAAAUGAUAAAGGUAAUUUCGUAUGGUUAAAUGAUGUUACAUUCCAAACACUUGGUGAUGUACCAAGUGCUCCAGGUAUUCCAACAGUUACAAAAUUAAGAAAUUCACUUUAUCAAUUAAAUUGGUUGACUGCACAAGCACAUGGUUCACAAAUAACAAUGUAUUUACUUGAAGGUAAAAUUAUUAAAAAUAUAAAUGACAAUGAUGAUGAGCUGAAAGAACAACAAUGGAAUAUUUAUUAUAAUGGAACAGAUAAUUAUUGGAUAAUUGUUGGUGAAAUGAAUAAUCGUUAUAAAUUUCGUGUUAAAGCUAAAAAUUCAUAUGGUUUUGGUGAAUGGAGUUUAACUAGUGAUAUAAUUGAUUUACAAGAUACAAUUGGUACAACAAUUGCUGAUCAACAACAUCUUGGUAUAAUACUUGGUCUUAGUAUACCAAUAAUAACAAUAAUAUUAUUAUGUUUUUGUUAUUUUUUAUGUCUUUAUAAUCGUCAAAGAAAAAAUGUUAAAAAACAAAUAUUACCACCAAUAAUAACAGAUGUUGAAUUAGCAACAUUACGUGAAAUACCACGUAGUAAUUUUGUACAAUCAAAUGCAUUAUAUGCAACAUCAAUGCAAAUUGAUAAUGAUGAUUUAUUAUUACCAAAAAUAAAUAAAGAACAAAUUGUUAGAAUUAAAUUUUUAGGUAGUGGUGCAUUUGGUGAAGUAUAUCAAGGUACAGCAAAAGGUAUUGAAAAUACAACAGAUAUAACAAAAAUAGCUAUAAAAACAUUACGUAAAGGUGCAACAGCAAAUGAAAAAAUUGAAUUUUUACAAGAAGCACAAUUAAUGAGUCAUUUUAAACAUAAACAUGUAUUAAGAUUAUUAGGUGUAUGUAUUGAUCCAGAUGGACCACAACUUGUAUUAGAAUUAAUGGAAGCUGGUGAUUUAUUAACAUAUUUAAGAACAAGUCGUUUUUAUUUACCAACAGAUAAUUUAGCAUUACGUUUACAAGAUUUAUUAUCAAUGUGUGAAGAUGUUGCACGUGGUUGUAGAUAUCUUGAAGAAUUACAUUUUGUACAUCGUGAUCUUGCAUGUAGAAAUUGUUUAGUAUCAGCAAAAGAUCGUGAUAAUCGUGUUGUUAAAAUUGGUGAUUUUGGUUUAGCACGUGAUAUAUAUAAAAAUGAUUAUUAUCGUAAAGAAGGUGAAGGUUUAUUACCAGUACGUUGGAUGUCACCAGAAUCACUUAUUGAUGGUGUAUUUACAACUCAAAGUGAUGUAUGGGCAUUUGGUGUAUUAAUGUGGGAAAUAACAUCACUUGGACAACAACCAUAUCCAGCAAAAUCAAAUAGUCAAGUAUUAGUUUAUGUUAGAAAUGGUGGAAGACUUGUUAAACCAGAUAAUUGUCCAGAAACACUUUAUAAUUUAAUGCAAAGAUGUUGGAGUGAAGCUGAUACAAGACCAAGUUUUAAAAAUUGUCUUGAUAAAAUUAUUGUAUUAAAAAAAAAUACAACUGAUGCUAUAUUAACACCAAUACAAGCUGGACAUUAUGCAACAAGAAGAGGCAACUCGUGGAAAUCAAGUAGUUCAGAUGGUAGUCGUGAUAUGAAACCAUUUCUACAAAAUUCAACUACAACAACAACACAAUUAUCAGAUAGUACAAAUGAUGAUAAUAAUAAUAUACCAAAAUAUCUUGAAUUGAUACCAGGUGGUGCAUUAGAUGCAAAAGAUAAUAACAAUCAAAUUGAUGAAUAUGAAAUACCAAGAUCAUUACCAAUAAAUCAUACAUUUACAGCUGAAGAUCGUAAAAAUAUUGAUAAUAUAUUAUCAAAAAUUGGUGGAACAUUAAAUUCAAUAACAGAUAAAAAUCAAAAAUUAUUAAACACCAAUAAUGGAUUAAAAAUAAUACCAUCAUUGACAAAUGAUUUACGUUUAUCAUUAAAUGAAAAAAUUAAGAUACAAAAACAAACAAGUAAUGAAGGAUCACAGAUGAGCCUUGAUGAUUGUAACUAUAAUUCAUUAGCUUCAUCAAUUAAUUCAUUACGUUUAGCAUUACCACCAACAAGACCAAGUUCAUCAAUGCUUGAUUCACAAAAUAAUAAUUUAAAUGAUAGUAAUAAUAAUAAUGAAACAAAUAAAACAAUUAAUAAUUCAACUCUUAGAUUAAAUAAAAUACAUAAAAAUAUUAUUGGUAAAGCAAAUAUACCAUUGAAUAGUCCAAUAUUAAAUUUGCUAAGACAAACAACUGGUAUUGACGAAACAACUGGAAUCAAUACCAUUUAUGUAAAUACAGAUUCUACAAGGGUCAAUUGAUUAUACAAAAAUAUUAAUAAUAAUUAUUAAUCAUAUAUAAAAGUGCCUUUAAAUGAAAAAUGAUAUUAUUUCUACUGUUAGCUAUCAACUGCCACAUUUUUUUUUAUAAUUUAACAAAAGAUAUAUUUAAAAAUGUUGGUUUUAAUGUCGUUUUUUAAACUCAAUUAUGUUGUAAUAAGUUUAUAAGAUUUAUUUAUUUAUAAAAUAGUAAUAAUAAGGCUGGAUUAGAUCUUUAUUAAAUUUUAAUUGUAUAAAUUUGUUAAGUUUUAUAUGUAAAAGAAAAAAUUGAUAUUAUAUGAAUUUUUUUUGUUUAUAAAUUUAAGUUGUAUAUAUAUCAAUCAAAAAAAUAUGAAUUAUAUUUUUUUUUGUUUUUUUAAAUUUUAGUAUUUUAAAUCUUCCAUUAAUUAAAUUGAAAAAAUUAAUUUAAUAUUAAAUAGGCUAGUCAUUUUGCUCACUAAUGAGGUGGUCAAAUGAUUUCUAAGAAAUUUUGUAAAUAGUAUUAACCAUUUAUUUUUUAAUUGACCAAAGAAUUUAAAUAAAAAAAAAAUAAAUAUUUUUCUGAAAAAUGUUAAAGUGGAAAAUAAAAUAAUAAAUGACAAUAAAAUCAAAAUUAAUAAUUAAUUAAAAUUAAAUGUUUAUUUAUUUAAAAUUGUUAAAUUGAAUUUAAAAAAAAAAAAAAUCAUUGUUUAAUAAAUAAAAUAGUCAAACUAAAAUGUAAAUUGAUAAAAUUACAACUAUUUUUUUUUACAGUAUUAAAUUCACAAAAAAAAAAAAAUUUUAAACAUUGAUUUGUUGAUUAACAGCUUUAAAAAGUUAUUUGCCUUUUUUUGUUUUAUUUUAUUUUUUACACUCAGUGAAAUUGAGGUCACAAAAUUUUGUUAUUUUUUUGGUAAUUAGUAAUUACAGAUUAAAAAAAAAAAAAAAGUAGAAUGCAUUG